UUCAAGUUGCUACUGAUGGUUUACUGUGCCAGAGUGCAAAUUUCAGAAACCAGCAAAUAAAAGAUCAUGACAUGGAUAGUUUUAGAACUACGGGAUUGGUACCACUCGCGAAUAAUGAACAUAGUCUGGGCUUUGUUUUAAAGAACAACAGUCUAAGUUGUGGUGCAUCAAAUGCUGAAACAGACAGUACUGACAAUGAGGAUGUUUGUCCAAAAUCUCAGUACCACACACACCCUAUGAAAGAAAUUCUACAAACUUCUGGUCAGACUGACAAAAACUUAGACUUGUCAGAUGAUGUGGACUAUGCGAGUGAUGCCCCAAGUGAAAUAGAAGAAACAAGUACAAGAGUUCAAACUUCUCAGCAUUCUAUAUACUGUAGGUCAAAAUCUGGAAAGUCUACUGUGAAACAUAAUGCACUGAGCAGCACCAGUAGCAGUGAAAAUGAAACUUUAGAGCUCAAGACAAAUGAAAGGAGAUUUCAUUUUCCAAAUAACAGGCCAACAAGAAAUAAAAACAAGGUUAUGAGAAGGAAGGCAAACUUUGUAAAAAAAUGUGGCAGUAGUUUUACGAACACUCAAACUUGUGAUUCUAAAGAACCAGAUCUGAUGCAACUUUCUACUUCUGGUCAGUCAGCAGUACUUCAUUCUCAACCAAAGAUGUCAAGAAAUUCUGACCUUCCAGCGCAGAUGAACUCAAGCAGUGCAAAUAUUCAAGAAGAUGAUCAAUCCAGACAACUCCAAGUCAAACUUCUACAACUGGAAACAGAAAUUGAACGCUUCAAAGUAGAAAACACAACAUUAGCCAAAAUGAAAGAGAAACAAGAACUAGCCAUGGAAAGUCUCAGAAAAAGGAUGGAUCAGUUUGAACAUGAGAAGAUUGAAGAAAUAGCUCGGUUAGAUGAGUACAAGAAGGAGGAAAUGAAGAAACUACAAAAAGCAAAGCAAUUGUCUGCAAAACACUCAGCAACAAGAGCUAUUUUUGAUAAGAAAGAGAAUGAAGAGAUGGAGUUUUUGAAGCAGCAGCUUAGUCAGCUCCAGGAAGACUUCAGAAAAAAUGAAUCAAAGUGGUCUCAUGCCCACAAAUGCCUACGAAAUCAGAUUGACACAUUGACCAAGGAAAACAUUGAACUACGUGAUGAGUUGAAAGCCGUAGACUGUCAUCGACAGGAACCUAUGAAAAAGACUGAGAUCAGCAAGAAAUUUGAAACACCAGUGUCAGAUGCCAUCAUUAAAGGUACAUCACAAAGAGUCUCAUGCAGGCAAAGGAGUCGUAGUUCAACUCCAACUGGAAGAAGAAUGCCUAUGGAAAGAAGACUGACCCCUGUGGAUUCUGAGCUGAAGCUUUCAGGAAAAUUAACAAAACGACCUGAAAAUAGGAAAAUAGAAGUACGAGAAAUCCAUACCAGGUCUCCUGUCCAUCAAAGGAGCAGAAGUGGAACUCCAACUGGAUGGAAAACAUCUUUUCAAGACAGAUCAACGCCUGACCCUGCCUUGAAUAUUCAGCAAUGCACUCCAAAUCAUCAAAGGGGACGAGAGAGGAAGUCACCUGCACCAAGUGUAAAUCUAAGUGUGUUUCAAAGAGUAAAUUCUACCAGCUGCACGAGGGGUGUUCAGUCUUCCAAUUCAGGUAGUUCAGAAGAUAAUUCCUGCAUGCAUUUACAAACAACAGAGCGUGUUUCCAGGUCCCAAAAUAAUACUCCUAAACGACAGAUACAAGAAACACAAACUUUAAAUCAGAGUUCAGCACUCAGAUCGCAAGAGAGACCUCCUUCAGGCUGUAGGAGUCGCAGUGCAACCCCAAGGGGAAGGAAGACUCCACUGGAUAGUUUUGACCUUGAACAGAAGAUUUCACGGCCCAGCUCUGUUUUAUCAAGAAAAGAGUCUACUUAUUUUAAGAGGAAAGUUACAAAUAAUAAUGUCAGAGAGGAAAUUCGGUACCCAGAUGGCAAGUUGGAACAAUUUCUGGCAAAUGGUAGUCGAAUUAUCACCUUUCGGAAUGGCACAAGAAAGGAAGUCAGUGCAGAUGGCCAAUGUGUCACAAUCACAUUCUUCAAUGGAGAUGUGAAAACAUUCAUGCCAGAUCAGAAAGUGAUUUAUUACUAUGCCGAUGCAAAGACGACUCAUACUACAUACCCAAAUGGAAUGGAGAUGUUACAGUUUCCUAAUAACCAGAUAGAAAAGCAUUACCCUGAUGGUAAGAAGGAAAUAAUAUUUCCGGACCAGACAGUUAAACAUCUUUUUCCUGAUGGUCGGGAAGAGAGUAUAUUCCCUGAUGGAACAAUAGUGAAUCUUCAAAACAAUGGAGAUAAAACUAUUGAAUUCAACAAUGGACAGAGGGAGAUCCACACAUCACAGUAUAAACGCAGGGAGUACCCUGAUGGAACCAUAAAGACUGUAUAUUCUAAUGGGCGACAGGAAACAAAGUACUCCACAGGACGAGUCCGAAUAAAAGACAAAGAAGGAAAUAUCAUUCUUGAUAAAAAGUGACUGACAAGACUUCUGUUUUGUAUUAUUGUGAAUUGCUGUAUUCGGUUUUGGUAUAGGUGUUGGGAUGGGAUCAAACUGAGUUGCAAUAUUUAUGUAGCAGCAAAACAAUUUCAUAAUUCAAUCCUGAUUUCAAAUGAUUUUACAUGAUUUGCUUUAAGUACAAAAUAUUGAAUGUUCUUUGCUCAGGAUCUGAGCCAUUGUUGCUUGUGCAUAAUAACAAAUUUGUUAACUUGGAAGAUUAAUUCAUCUUUAUGUGCACAGGCAGUAGAAUUUUGUUUGAGAAAAAUUGAAAUGAAAAAUAUGUGUGUCAUCUCUGAGCCGCUUUACUCCUGAUUAGGGUUGCUACCUCUUGGAUUGUCCUAGAGUCUCCUGGAGAAACCUGAAGUAAAAUCAUAGGGACAUUAAAAUUAUAUUUAUAAUUCUGUUUGUAAUUUUACAGCAUUUGA